AUGGAGGAGUUUCAGGAAUGUUUAGCCCUCAGCGAUCUAGAGGACAUUGAAACUAGAGGUACAUUAUUCACUUGGGGCAACGGCCAAUUAGAGGAUCCUAUUCUUCGCAAGCUAAACAGGGUCCUUGGAAAUCAGAGCUGGAGAGACACCUUCUCAGAUGUGUAUGCUUUCUUUGAUGCUCCCGGAGAUUCUGAUCAUUCUUCUUGUGUAGUGGACCUUAACGUAAAUCUGAGGAGCAGGAAGUGUAGCUUCAAAUACUUCUCCUUCCUAGCUAUGCACCCGAAAUUCUUAGAAACAAUUAAAUCAUCUUGGGAUGAGGAUAUUCCUGUUGGUUCGAAGCUAUUUUCCCUAGGUCAGAAGCUCAGCCACGUCAAGAAGGCUUGUAGGAAACUCAAUAAAGAAGGAUUCGGAAAUAUUCAACAGCGAGCACGGGAUGCUCUUUCGAAGUUGCAGGAUAUCCAAUCUCGUUUACUACUCAACCCACAGACAGCCUAUUCCGCGAAGAGAGAUGCUAAUACAACCUUCUACCACAAAACGUGCAUCGCUCAUGAAGCUAGAAAUGCUAUUCGGUACCUUAUGGAUAAUGAGGAUCAGAGAAUAGACCAAAAGGAAGCAGUCAAGAACUUGGCAGUGGAGUAUUUCCAAUCUCUCCUAGGCCAGGAAAACUCAGAAGUUCAGCCUUUCACAGUGGAAGAAUUGAAAGCCAUUAUCCCUUACCGGUUUCCCCAAGAGUGGACAGAUGAUUUCAUAGCUCCUCCGUCUGAUGAAGAAGUCACCGGAAUUAUAUUUGCUAUGCCAAAAAGCUAA